AUGCUGUAUGCCAUGACGUCCAUCGGGCGUCGGACUUGGGGUUGGAUCUCGGUUAUUCUCCUUGCGCUCAUAUUUUCUUGCUGGAUCAUCUCCCAACUUUUGACACAAGAUGGCACUGCUCCCACCAAAGCAUGGAACUUCUGGCAGGAAGAUAAAUAUUUUUGGAAGAUGCUACCAGUUCACCAUCCCCCGCAGCAAAUUCGCCGUCUUCCCACAGGUCCCUUGGUUCAAUACCCUAAAAUUCAACGAACAUUCAAGCCCGAAGAUCCGUCUUCUCGCCAAAUUCGGGAGAAACGACAAUCUGCCAUCAAAUACACUUUCGUGAAAUGUUGGACGUCAUACAAACGGUACGCUUGGAGAGAAGAUGAGCUUUCUCCAGUUUCUGGUGGUCGGCGGAAUAUAUUUGGCGGAUGGUCAGCUACUUUAGUAGACGCCCUUGAUACGAUGUGGAUCAUGGGAUUGAAGGAUGAAUUUAAAGAGGCAGUCGAUGCAGCAACUCAGAUCGACUUUACAAAAACCGAUAUGGAGAAGAUCAACCUGUUCGAGACGAAUAUCCGUUAUCUAGGUGGAUUUUUAUCAGCCUACGACUUGAGCGGGGAUGUGAGACUUCUUCGAAAGGCAGUCGAGGUUGGAGAGAUGCUGUACAAAGCAUUCGAUACACCGAAUAGGAUGCCAAUCGGUCGCUGGGAUAUUCAUUCCGCCAUAAGAGGAGAGAAACAAGUAGCUGUCCCUGUCUCGGCCGCUGAAAUUGGAACCCUUUCAUUGGAAUUUACCCGAUUGUCGCAGAUCACGGGCAAUUCUAAAUGGUUUGAUGCUAUCCAACGGAUUACCGAUGUCAUGGCCGACCAACAAAAUUCCACUGCCCUGCCCGGUCUCUGGCCAACUCAAUUAAACCCGGAGAAGCUCGUGUUUAAUAACGGCUCUGAGUUUACCCUUGGCGCGGACGAAGAUUCUCUGUAUGAGUACCUUCUAAAAAUGGCGCUGCUCACUGGGGGCCGAAUACCUAAAUACCAAAUCAUGUAUGAAAUGGCGGUUGAAGCCGCUGUCAAACACUUAAUAUUCCGACCAAUGACACCAAACAGAAGUGAUAUUCUUAUUUCAGGCACUGCACAUGUCAACAUUACUCCAGGCUCAAACAACGUCACACUAGAGCCACGGGGACAACACCUCGUCUGUUUUCUGGGUGGCCUGAUAGUCAUGGGAAGCAAACUCUUCUCUCGGCCAGCCGAUCUUCCGAUCGCAGAAAAGCUGGUGGAUGGCUGUAGUUGGGCUUACCGGGCAUUCUCUCGAGGAAUAAUGCCGGAGAAGUUCCAUAUCGUACCUUGUCCGACGAAGGAGCCAUGCGAAUGGCAUGAAGAAAUUUGGAAACAACACGUCCUCAAAGCGGCAGGGAAAGAUUCCACAGGGCCUGCUGAAUCCAUUAUUUCUAGCAAGAGACUGCCCCCGGGUUUCACCGAUAUUCGAGAUCCCGUGUACAUCCUUCGACCGGAAGCUAUUGAGAGCGUUUUCAUUCUCUACAGGGCGACGGGUCGGUCGGAUCUGCCGGAUGCCGCCUGGAAUAUGUUUACAAGUAUCAACGAGACAACAAGUACUGAUCUAGCGAAUUCGGCAAUUCGGGACGUGACUAUUUCCAAGAAUGAGACUCCGGGGCUGCUUGACGUGAUGGAAUCUUUUUGGCUAGCGGAGACGCUCAAGUAUUUUUAUUUGAUGUUCAGCGAGGAUUUUGUGAUAAAUUUGGACGAGUAUGUAUUUAAUACGGAGGCACAUCCGUUCAAGAGGCUAUUGCAAUAA